GAUCACAAUAUGAUACAAUUAUGAAACUGAAAAUAUUACAUAAUAUUUACGCCACACUGCAGAUUAGUUAAGUGCCUUUUUUUUAAUCUUCUGAAUAUUCUCAAGCUUCUGUGGUCAUAUAGGCCUAGCUGUAGUUUGCGUAAUUAUUUAUAGCUGCUCUGAAACACACGUAUAGUAAAAAGUGCUAUAGAGAUAAACAUGAUUUAAUACAGUUAAAUAAUCUGAAUCUCAACAUCUUUUUUUUUUAAUCAACACAAACAAACAUACGCACAAAACAACAUUUAGGGCUUACAUGCUCACAGAUCAAAGUCUCCAUCAUAAAUACAUUCAUUUACCCACCUUGCACAGCUCCAUGUGUGGAAAUCAGGGACUGGACUUGGCUUACUUUACACUGCACAGCAAAAACACCAACAGAUACACUAGACCAACAGGACAUAAAAUGAGAGACAUAAUCUUGUGGUAGAGAAAAUACAGACAGGCAGACAAGAAUGAAUUUCUGGAAGAAAAUGAAGAGGUCGGACUGGGUCCUUUCCACUGCUUUGCUCUCUCUUUAUGGUUUCUUUGCCAACUGCAGACCGGCAGAGCCUUUCCUUACGCCUUACUUGGUGGGACCCAAAAACAUCUCAGAGGAAGUGGUAACAAACUACCUCUUCCCCAUCUGGACGUACUCAUAUCUGGCCGUGCUCUGCCCAGUCUUCCUAUUGACAGAUUUGCUUAGAUACAAACCUCUAAUAAUAACUCAAGGUCUUUUUCUUGUCACAAAUUACAUCAUUCUGUGCUUUGCUACUAGUUUAAUGGCUCUGACCUACCUACAGUUCAACUUUGCAAUGGUCACCUCCACCGAAGUGGCCUAUUUCUCAUACAUUUACAGUGUUAUUCCUUCCGAACGCUACCAACGGGCCACAGGGUACGUUCGCAGUGCCAUGCUGACGGGAUUUACCUUUGGAGCCACAUUAGGACAGCUAUUAAUUUCACUGGCUGACACAAGCUACUUCCAUAUAAACACGAUUACUCUUGGUAUAAUGUCAGUGGCUUUCUGUAUUUCUUUGGGCCUGCCCAUGCCUCAGCAAGGAAUGUUUUUUAAGAAGAAGGUGGAGAUGUCUAUGGACACUCUGAAUGAGGUUACAGAUGCAUUUGAGGGAGAAACAGAUCUAGCAAAGCAGGCUACGGGAGCAUGCUGUGAUUGGAGGAACCUGAAAACCUCCGGAAAACAAAUGUGGGAGAGCCUCAAGGAGUCCUACUCCUCCAGAAGACUGGUGCAGUGGUCCCUCUGGUGGGCUUUGGCUACAGCUGGAUAUGGACAGGUCUUUAAUUACGUUCAGCUGAUGUGGGACCACAUUGAGCCCUCAAGUACAUCCUCUGUGUAUAAUGGAGGAGUAGAGGCGGUCUGCACACUUGUAGGUGCAGCGGCAGCUUUCUCUGUGAGUUAUAUCAGAGUGCAGUGGGACGUGUGGGGCGAGCUCUCGCUGGGGGUUUUCUCUGCUAUAGGUGCAGGGUGUGUCUUUCUCAUGGGCCUCACCAGCAAUAUCUGGCUGUGCUACACAGGCUACGCUAUCUUCAAAGCGUCAUACAUGUUCCUCAUCACAAUCACAAUGUUUCAGAUAGCAGUUAACCUCUCUAUGGAAUGUUAUGCUCUAAUUUUUGGCAUUAACACUUUUGUUGCUCUUACACUUCAAACUCUACUUACUGCUAUUGUGGUGGACACUUCAGCCCUGGGACUGGACGUUGUGACACAGUUUGUUGUGUAUGGAGGUUACUACAGCACCAUCUCUGUGCUCUUCCUCUUACGAGGACUGUACACAGUUUGUAAGCAUUGUCGCAAAUCUGCAGAAGAAACAAAUACGGAGCGGAUAUCCUCUGCGCUUUAAGACAAAUAUGGAUCAGAAGGACAGGAUCUUGGUUCACAAUCACCACCACAAAAUAUUAAUGAACAAGUAGCAUUUUAAGUUAAAAUCACAAACCCAAUGCUUUUCUGUCUUUUUUAUGUUGUUAUCAAAAUACACAAAGUCUGUAUUGUAAUUGAUUGUGUAUCAAUAUAUUUAACUAUUCUGUUCUGUGAUAUCAUUUCUUGUUUACGAUAUAAAAUAAGUGAUUUGCACUUAGCAUACC